AAAGUCUCAGCAGUUACCAUUUCCAUCCUCUAUAAAUUGGGCCGAAGCUCAUUCUCAAAAUGCACCAAACACCAUUAGCUUUCUUUAUUGUAUUUUCACGAGUAUUAGCACUUUGGUGGGAGAAAAUGAAGGUGGUUUCGGUUGUUGCCUUGUGUGUGGUGGCACUGGUGGUGGUGCUGCUUUCAGGUGAAACACGCACGGUGGAGGCAGUGAAUUGCAGCCCCUCGGAGCUCACCUCAUGCUUGCCGGCUAUCACGUCGUCGUCGCCUCCCUCAACCACUUGUUGCAGCAAGCUGAGGGAGCAGAAGCCAUGCCUUUGCGGGUACCUUCAGAACCCCAAUCUCAAGCAGUUUGUUAACAAUCCCAACGCCAGAAAGGUUGCUAGCACUUGCGGCGUGACAUACCCUCAGUGUUAAAAACCUUGCUUAAUUAUAGCAUGUGUUGGCAGCAUAAGAUUGUGUAGCUCGAGCCUCGAAAGUAGUGUUCUAAAUAAGCGAAUAAUGAUGAGAUGAGGGCAAUAUUCCUACUUGUAUAAAGUGGAAAAAGCUCAUAUAUAGUCUAGAGUCUUUAUUAAUAAUAUAAGAAUGAUAUUUGGUAUUUACA